AAACAAAUGAAAUCCAACUGAAACUGAAAGCCCCCACUGUCCCCAAGCUCAAAAAGUACGGCUUCCUCUCUCAACUCUCAACUUGCAAUAAUAAAUAAAUAAAUAAAUAGUUUCAAAAAAUAAAAUCCACCGCCACUUCUCACUCUCCUUCGCACUUUCGAACUCCAAAAACCCGAUUACCCCAAUCUUUCCCAAAUAAUAAUAAUAAUAGUAGUGAAGUGAUAAAAAUGGCGUCCCAUAUCGGCAGCGUCAAUCCACGCGCGCUCCAACUUCUUCCACCAAACACACACACUCACUCACAAAAACACCCACUAGUAGCAGUACUACCAUUACAUGAUCUACAUUUACUGGGUGUGGGUGAGAGAUCAACAAGAAGCAGAUCGAGGCUGAGAGUUAGGGUUUCGGAUGGCGACGACUCCUACCUCCACAUGUGGAAGAACGCAGUCGACAAUGAGAGAAAGUCCAUCGACUUUCAAAAUAUCGCUCAUAACUCACCUCCUCCUCCUCCUCCUCCUAAUCCUAAUGACCAUGAAGAUUUGGAGAAGAAGACCCUCGAGUUCCACAAGAUUCUCCAAGUGUCUAAGGAGGAGCGCGAUCGAAUCCAGCGAAUGCAGGUCAUCGAUCGUGCCGCCGCCGCCAUCGCUGCCGCUCGCGCCAUUCUCAACGAGAACGCCUCCAGACCACAAACCCUUUUUCAACACUUGAACACUGACACUGAUGCUACUGGAUUGCCUGCUAAGCAACAAGGUACUCAGAAUGAGAGCAUAUUUGUGCCUCAGUCAGAAAGCUCUCAAAGUGGAACUCCAGGUCCAGAUUUUUGGUCCUGGGCACCCCCGGUGAAUAGUGAUAUUAGUUCAGAUGAUGUCAAUGACAUGCAGAUAGCUGGAAGAUCUUCGGUGUAUCCAACUUCAAACAACCCUGUUGUUGAGAAGGAUUGGUCUGUGGGUGUUCUCUCAAUUCCAUUUGAGAGUACACUCUCUGAAAGCAACCCCAACUAUACUCUUCCACCCCUUCAAUCAUUCAUAGAUGUUGAAAAAGUGGAAACCUCAGAGGCCAGUUUGGGGACACCUUACUUAGAAGAGGAACGUGAACAUGGUGUCCAAUUUUCAGCACAUGCAGCAGAAGCAGCUCAUGCACUUCAUAAGAUGGAUGGGCAGACACCCCUUGGAGUGAAUCCUGAUGGCUCAAGAUGGUGGAAGGAGACAGGAAUUGAGCAAAGACCUGAUGGUGUGAUUUGCAGAUGGACAAUGACCAGAGGUGUCAGUGCUGACCAAGUUGUUGAGUGGCAAGAGAAGUUUUGGGAGGCUGCUGAUGAGUUUGGAUACAAGGAACUUGGUUCAGAAAAAUCAGGACGUGAUGCCACUGGAAAUAUUUGGCGUGAAUAUUGGAGAGAAUCAAUGCGGCAGGAGUGUGGGCUUGUUCAUCUUGAGAAAACUGCAGACAAGUGGGGAAAGAAUGGAAAUGGCGAUGAGUGGCAAGAGAAAUGGUGGGAACAUUAUGAUGCUUCUGGCCAAGCGGAAAAAUGGGCCCACAAGUGGUGCAGCAUUGAUCCCAACACACUCCUGGAGGCUGGUCAUGCCCAUAUUUGGCAUGAAAGGUGGGGUGAGAAGUAUGAUGGGCAUGGUGGCAGCAUAAAAUACACUGACAAAUGGGCUGAACGCUGUGAAGGUGAUGGUUGGACAAAAUGGGGUGACAAAUGGGAUGAAAACUUUGAUCUCAACAGUCAUGGUGUCAAGCAGGGAGAGACUUGGUGGGAAGGUAAGUAUGGAGAAAGGUGGAAUCGAACAUGGGGUGAAGGCCACAAUGGCUCUGGAUGGGUUCACAAAUAUGGGAAGAGCAGCAGUGGAGAGCACUGGGACACACAUGCACAACAAGAUACAUGGUAUGAAAGAUACCCUCACUACGGUUUUUAUCACUGCUUUGAAAACUCAGUCCAGCUGCGGGAAGUUCAGAAGCCAUCUGAGAUGUCAUGAACCACGGUUUUAUUCUUGUUUUAGUUAUUAAUAUUAUUAUUUCUUUAUGUAAAUUCCUUUGUAGAAACAAAGGAUGUCAAUAUGUAUUACGUAAAAUUCAUAGUUCCUUCGGUAGAAUAUAAUGUUUAACAUAAUAAGUCAGUCAGUCACUGAAUCCUCCUUUGUCCUAUAUAGGUCUGUCAUGAGCUGCCUUAACUCCCUUUGUCUAAUAUGAUGCAAUAGUUUUAUGAA